ACUGUAUUGCAGCUCUAUGAGAAAUAUGGAGAAAUCUUCACUGUACAGUUUGGACCAAAGAAGAUUGUGGUGAUCGCAGGGUACAGGGCUGUGAAGGAUGCCCUGGUCAACCAAGCUGAUGAUUUUGGAGAAAGAGCAGAUAUACCACUCUUCACACUGAUAAGUAAAGAAAAAGGCAUAGUGUUUUCUAAUGGAGAACAAUGGAAAGCCAGUAGGAGGUUUGCACUCUCAACUCUUCGAGAUUUUGGAAUGGGAAAGAAAACAAUAGAAGCCAGGAUACAAGAUGAAUUAAUUCCUCUUAUAGAACAUUUCAAGUCACACAAAGAGAAACCAUUUGACACAAACGUCAUAAUGAACUGUGCGGUGUCUAAUGUUAUCUGCUCUAUCAUUUUUGGAGAAAGGUUUGAAUACAACGAUCCAACAUUUAAAAAACUCAUUCGAAUAAUGGAUGAAAAUGAGAAACUGGCUGGUUCACCUAAGAUGAUGCUGUUUAACUUUUUUCCUCGAAUAUCAACCUUUUUUGGAACGCACAAAGAGAUCAUGCAGCAAUUUGAAGAGCUCAAAGAUUUUGUUUUAAAGCGCAUCAAACAUCAGAGACAAAUGUUUGAUGCAAAUGCCAUCUCUGGAUAUAUAGAUGCAUACCUUUUGAAACAAGAACAGGAGUCCUCCAAAGCUGAAACGUACUUUGAUGAUGAUGAAAAUCUGGUGUACUCAGUUCUGGAUCUCUUUGGAGCUGGGACCGAAACAACAUCUACAACACUACGCUGGGGCAUUUUGUUGAUGAUGAAGUAUCCAGAAAUACAAAAAAAAAUACAGGAAGAAAUCCAGACACAUAUUGAACAAGGUCAGAUGCCUAGAGUUGAUGACCGCAAAAAUAUGCCUUAUACUGAUGCUGUAAUACAUGAAAUUCAGAGGUUCAGUAAUAUCGUUCCUAUGAAUGUGUCACACACAACUCCAAGUGAUGUGUAUUUCCGAGGAUACUGUAUUCCAAAGGUAAGUUCAGAAAACCCCUCCUCAUUUGUCAGUAGCAUCAUACACCAAAUGAACAGAUUCACAUUAAAGAAAUAA